GGUUAGAAUUUUUUAUUUGCAUGCAGAUAAAGCAACACGUGUUUUAAUUUUAUACGUUUUGUUAUCAUAAAUCUUACCUUUUGUAAAUUGUUUAAUAUUAAACAAAGUAAUUAGAAUAAUGCCGCGAACUAGAAAAACAUCUGAGAAAGAAGAGGAAAUCAAGCCGGUUCGUAAAACCCGACAGACGGUCUUGAUUUCUGAUUCUCCAGUGAGACGAAGUACACGUAUAAAACAUGUAGUGGAUUCUUCACCGGAAUCAGAAAAAUCAAUUACAUCUAAACGUGAAUUUCGUAAGAAGAAUCCAAAUCCGGAUAAAUAUCCUACACCUGGUCGAGUUUUAAGACAUCGAUCACCAUCCAAUGAUAUUGAGAAUUCGCCUCAAGCAACCAGGAAAUUAAGAAAACGUGCUUCCCCUGAAAUUACAAAUAUUGGAGAUAGUACAACUCGUUCAACAAGAUAUUCAAGACGCAAUAAAUUGUCGGAAUCGGAAGACCAAAGUCCUCCACCGCCUGUGACACGCAAAACAAGAGGAAAAUCUGUUGCUGACGAGGAUGAUUCUGUCAGUAAGAAAAAAGCAUCUUCGAAGAGUCGAAAGCGGGUAAUGUCAGUUCCCGUCGAAGCUUCAUUGUUAGAAGAGGAUAAAACUGACUACGAUGAAACCUUGGAGAAAUCAAUUGUGGAAGAGACCGACGAUUCAAUAAUUAUUGUCGACGAAAUUAACAGCAUCAAAUCAGUUGUGAAAAAGAAGGAGAAAGUCCAUGCUAUGGAGAAGAAUUUAAUGAAACGUCUCAUGUCGCAUAAAUUGAACUUCAGUUCUAAUGACAGUCAACAGGAAUUGAAGAAAGAUUCGUCAAUAAAGAAGGAAACGUCUUUAAUUGAUUUGGAUUUAUCGAAAAAUGAAGAUAAGGACAAAACUGUUGAGGAGGAAUAUUUUUGUGAACCGAUGGAGGUUGACACGUCUAUUUUAAAUGCCAUGAAUGAUGCGGCGACUAAAAAUCAAAAUGUCGAUAAUUCGGAAAAAAUCGAAGUUCCCGAGAGAAUGGAUCGUAAUUUUAAACCGAGAAACAGUAUGAUUGAAAGUGGCAGUGAAAAACAUUUGAUCACAAAAUCUCGAUACAGUUUGGGAAAUAAAAUACCAAACAAAAUUGUCAUCGAUGAAAUAAAGAAUAGACGUCAGGAAGAAAAAAAUAAGAAAUCAUUGAGAUCUACCGAAAAUUUAGAAUCAAAAUCAGACGAAAAGGAUGAAAAUAUUUCUUCAAAGAGAGAAUCUUCGGAGAAGAGAUUAUCCACCGAGAAGAGAAAAUCACUUAAAUCUACUGAAAAUUUAGAAUCAAAAUCAGACGAAAAGGAUGAAAAUAUUUCUUCAAAGAGAGAAUCUUCGGAGAAGAGACUGUCCACCGAGAAGAGAAAAUCACUUAAAUCUACUGAAAAUUUAGAAUCAAAAUCAGACGAAAAGGAUGAAAAUAUUUCUUCAAAGAGAGAAUCUUCGGAGAAGAGACUUUCCAUUGAGAAGAGAAAAUCAAUUCUCAAUAAUUCAGUGAAGAAUUCACUUUCAAAAUCGCCGUCCUUUCAUCUUUUGGUCACACCAGAUAAAGAGGAAUUUCUCAAGUCAAACAAAGAGGAAAUUUCCAAGUCAACUGAGAGAAAUUUAUUGAAAAGCCAUGAGAAAAUUAAUAGAAAACGAAAGAGAAGAAGCAGUGAUGAUUACGAUACUUCCAAUAAUGAUUUUGAACUCACAAUGUACGAAUACGAUUCUCCAGAGGAGAGAGUUAAUUCUCCUUCUCACUCGAACAAAAAUAAAUCCAACACAAUAUUGGAGGAAGAAAUAAUUCCCGAUUCCGAGGAAGAGGAGAAAGAAAAGGAACCCGAUUCCAAAUUUUUGGAUAACAUUCUCAAAAGAAGUAAAUCGAAAUCGUUAAGUGGCUCUGAGAUUGUGUCGAAAAAAACAAGAGGUUUUAAAUCUCUAGAUAGAAUGAGUUUGGAAACUUUAAAUUCCUUUGAUGGUAAACGUGAAAUAUCUGAGGGAAAAAAGAAUAAUUUAAAUAAAAGCAAAGUGGAGAGUGGUGAGAAUUCAUUAUUGUCGGAAGAAAUUUCUUCCGGUGAAGAAACUGUGGAAUUUGUUAAAAAUACCCGAAAAAGUCAAGGCGACAGUAAAACUCCAACACCGAAGAAAAGAUUGUCAAAUGUGGAAAGUGCUAAGGAUGAGAAAUCAUUAUUACCGGACGAAGAGGAAUCUUCUGGUGAUGAGACAAUGGAGACUGUUAAAAGUACUCGAAAAAGUCAAGGCGACAAGAAAACUCCAACGGCGAAGAAAAGAUUGUCAAAUUUGGAAAGUGCUAAGGAUGAGAAAUCAUUAUUACCGGACGAAGAGGAAUCUUCUGGUGAUGAGACAAUGGAGACUGUUAAAAGUACUCGAAAAAGUCAAGGCGACAAGAAAACUUCAUCGGCGAAGAAAAGAUUGUCAAAUUUGGAAAGUGCUAAGGAUGGGAAAUCAUUAUUACCGGACGAAGAGGAAUCUUCUGGUGAUGAGACAAUGGAGACUGUUAAAAGUACUCGAAAAAGUCAAGGCGACAAGAAAACUUCAUCGGCGAAGAAAAGAUUGUCAAAUUUGGAAAGUGCUAAGGAUGGGAAUUCAUUAUUAUCGGACGGGGAGGAAUCUUCUGAUCAAGAGACAAUGGAAACUGUUAAAAAUAUUCGAAAAAGUCAAAAUAAAACUCCAACACCGAAAAAGAGAUCUUCAAAUGUGGAAAGCAGUAGAAAAUCAAGUUCGAGGGGAAAAUUGGAUGAAACUGGGGAUUCUGUCUCGAGGAUUCCCACUUUUAUGUUCAGUCAAACAAGCGAAAGUGAGGAAACUGGCGAAGACGCUUCCAGGAGUAUUGACUCAGAUAUAGCUCGAGAAUACAAUCUCAGUGGUAAAAGUAAUUUAAAAUAUUCCGAUGAUGAUGUUCCUGGAGAUAAUUGUCGAGACUCAGAAACGGAGCGUUCAGACUCCGAAGAUGAGGGAUCGGAUUUAGCUGAUUUUAUUGCCGAUGAUGACGAGGAAGAGGAAAGCGAAGAUUCCGAAACGGAGCAUUACGAGGAAGUUGAUGUUAAUGAAAGUAAGAAGGGAGCUGAGAAGGUCGAAAUCGUCGAUGAAGAAGAUGAGGAAAAAGAAAGUGAUGAUGAUGACGAAGAGGAAGAUGAUGAUGAGAAAGAAGCUCGUCCUGAAGAAGUCGAUAAUAAAGAAGUUGAUAACAAAGAAGGAGAUAAUGAAGAAAGUGAUGAUGAAGAAGAUGAUAAUGAAGAAAGUGAAGAAGUUAACAACAAAGAAGCAGAUGAUGACGACGAAAGCGAAGAAUCCGUUUUCGCAGACGAUUUAAAAUCAUCUCUUCAAUUGUAUAAAUCGAAACUGACGAAAAAAGGAAAAGAUGAUGAAAAAGAAGUCGAAAAAGAGAAAAGAAAUAUUUCACUGGAAAAUAAAGAGGAAAAAGUUUCCAAGUCAAAAUCGAAGAAAGAAAACGAAGAAGAAGAAAUAGAUGAAGAAACUUCUUCCGAUGAAGCGGAAACUACCAAUAAAAAGAAUCUCCUCUUAUCAAGUCCCGUUUUAUCAAAAAGCAGAUCGGACAGGUCUCUAAGCGACGAAGAGGAAAAGACCAAAAAGCACAAAGAAUCUCCAAACCUUGAAAAAUCGUUAGUUGAACCAAAACGAAAGAAGAAAAAUAAACGUGAACUUAAAUCGACAGCCUCUAAAGUACCAGUUGCUUCUUCGACUCAUUAUGAAUUAUCCGACGCCGACGAUGAAGAACCAGAAACUCUCAGUUUUGCCGAAGGUCUCCUACGUGCCGCCGAUGAAAUGAAGAAAAAAGCCCAAAGUAUCAAAGAAGGCAUCAAGGGAAAGGAAGAUCGUAAGAAAAAGAAGAAAUCUAACGAGGAUAAUAUAAGAAAAACAAAAUCCGACGAAAUGAAACGUCUACCAGAUGACGUACUCCAAGAUCUCGAGGAUGUUCCAAGACCAAAUAAACGGCAGAAAAUGUUGAAAAAAGAAAAUAUCGAUUCACCAUCACGUGGAACACAACAACCACGUCCUGGACCUUCAACACGAAGACCUACUCUCAAUUCCGUGAGUUCAUUUGGCAGUACAACUGAAUUUGAAAUUGUCAAUUUACAAAAGGAGAAGAAACAAAAAACACAAAGUUCAUUGGCAAUGAAAUGGUUUAAGCAGAGAAUGUUGGCGCGUAAUGCUCGUCAACCAAUCUCAGUUUAUCUCAAUCAACAGAAAAAACGAAGAGCUGCUAAUAAAGAAUAUCAUUCCAACUAAAAAAAAA